CACUCGAUUAAUAAAAUAUUAGCAAUAUCAUACAACUCUGUAAGUGAUAAUGCGAAGCUUUUAUUGUACCUAAUAUGAAACCGUAAAACUUUUUUCCAAGAACUACUUACGUCGUAAGAUACCAGACACCCAUUAAUAAUUAAUUUUGACUUUUGAUUUAAUCAUAUACAUACAUUAACCAUGAAUAUGAAGAAUAUUCUUGAUUUACCGGAUGAAAUAAAUAUUCUGAUAGCAAAGCUGUUAGACAUUGAGUCCCAAAAGAAUGUUUAUUAUACAUGCACAUAUUUCAAAAAUUUAAUAAGCAUGUAUGGGGUAGUAACCAGCUGCAAAUUAUGUAUGAAUGUUAUGGCCACAGCUAAAACACUCAAGUUAGAGUUUUUUAGGGACAUUGCCAUGAACUUACGAGAACUCAACUUAUCAACUAUCAGUGAUUUAAAUAAGACAACACUGUUACCUGCUAUUAAAAAAUUGAAGAAAUUGCAUGUUCUAGAUGUUUCUUAUACUAAGAUAAAUAUUACAGACUUGCUUGAUGUAUACCAGGCUUGUCCAACUAUAAGAGAUGUUUCUAUCAACUUCACAUUUGACAAAUCAAUUCAGAUACAUGUUCCUCAAACCAUUAUAGAAAAAUGUCAGAAAAUGAGAGAGUUCAUUUUGUAGGCAUAUUAAUGAAUCUGUUUUGUUCAAAACUAGCCUUGAGGUUGCUAGCAAAAGCUAAUUUGAAUGAGUUACAGUACACCAUAACAGAUUGUGCAUUUUUAGGACCUGUUUAUGAUAAUCAUAUAGAUAUGGAAGAAAUGAUACAUUUUAGGCUACUAAAAGUGUUUCUACUCAACUGGCAUAAAGAAAACCAGUAUUAUGGACGCCUAAAUGAAUCUGCUGUUCUUUCAAUGUUAGACUUAAGCAAAUAUGAACUUAUCAUGGUUACUCGGUGCACUAUGGAUGUUUUGCAAGUUCUAGUCUCUCCUAGGUUUAAGGACUUCUUUCUAAAAGAAUUUGGGGUGCAAGCAGACAUAUUCACAACAUGGACUAACCAGGAACUUGGAGGCAAUGUUGCAUUCAUGAUUUGGAAUACGGCUAUAACUGUGUUUGAUAGCACAUUUUAUAAUCAGUUAUUCAAACGGUUAAAACCAUUCUUUCCAUAUUAUUUAAAAUCAGCUUCUGGUGAUGCUCAAAUGCCAGCCAAUAAUGACUGGAUUUACACAAGACCAGAUGAAAAUGAGUUUGCAAGAUCAGUGAGAAAGAUUGAGGCUGAUUUUAAGAGAAGAAGAGUGGCUCCACAAGACAUUAUUCUUAACUAUGACAAUGUUAGCAAAGAUAAGAAAAAUCUUAAAUUAACUAUUUUAUUUGAAAAUACGAUUAGAUGUCCAGUAACACUAUCAAGUAGUAGUAAUUAUUUGAAAAAGAUAACUCAUUUGAACUUGACUGGGCAUGUGGUUUAUAGCUCUGAUUUUUUCAAGAUAUUAUUUACAAAUUGCCAUAAUCUUAUUGCCAUCAGUUGCACAUCAUCACCAAAUGCUACACAAGCAUUAGGAAGAUACAUUUGGCUGUGUAAAUAUAUUAAACAUUUAUGGUUAGUUGCAACAACUAUUGAUUUCAAAUCAUUGUUUGUUUCGUUAAGUCAGUGCAAAUACAUAGAGAAUAUACAUCUGUAUAAUAUGACAUCCAGUGGUGAUUUAUCUGAGCCAAAGGAUAUGUUUGAAAGAUGCUGUCGUUUGUAUAAUUUAUCUAUUUGUAUGCCUAUGUCAGACACUUUAAGAGUGAAAAAAUUGCAGAUGCUAAAUAAGAUUAAGUCUAUGUACUCGAGAGAUCAUUUAAAUAUAGAACUGUGUGUUACGCCCGAUCUGAAAGCAUAUGGAUAUGAUCCUUUCAUAGAUGUUUUCGAUUUGAAUCCAAUAAAAGUAGUAUAAUGGUU